AUGACUGCUGCAUCAGAAAUUGUUGGUUUGCUCUUGUGCUUGGGUGGGUGGGCAAUUAUUGGAGCUACCUUGCCGAAUAAUUACUGGAAAGUCUCCACUGUACAUGGUAGCGUGAUCACAACAUCUACGUUGUUUGAAAACCUGUGGAGGAGCUGUGCAGAAGACAGCACUGGAGUAUCCAACUGCAGAGAAUUUGACUCUAUGCUUGCACUGCCUGUUCAUAUUCAGGCAUGCCGUGCCUUGAUGAUUGCUUCCAUCCUUUUGGGAUUCAUAGCUACAGUACUCUCGCUGCUUGGUUUGAAGUGCACAAAUGUUGGGUUGAGCGAUGAAGAUGGAAAAAUGAAGUUUGCUGUCACGGGAGGAUUUCUGUUUAUUUUAGGAGGUCUCUGCUCCAUGGUGGCUGUUUCUUGGUAUGCUGCGAUGGUUACUGCUCAGUUUUUUGACCCGUUGUAUGCUGGAACCAAGUAUGAACUAGGAGAUGCUCUGUACUUAGGCUGGGCUGGAUCUGUUCUUUAUACGCUUGGUGGGAUCUUACUGACCUGUUCAUGCAAAGGGAAGAAAAAACAGGAUUACAGUUGCAACAAAUACGCAUAUUCAGCAGGCCAGGCAGCUCAUCAGCAGCGCAUUUACACCAAAAACUCUGAGACAGGCAUAAGCAACAAGGAGUAUGUCUAA